AGAAUUUUUGACCGAUGACCCGUGUUGACAAAUCUUCCUUCUUCAACUUCUUCAAUAAAAAUGGCUUGGACUUACAAACAAAUAAUUCUUGCGGUAAUGAUGGUUGUUACGGGUUCUCUGAAUACGCUUUCAACCAAAACCACUGGACCAAUAUCAACCAAACUUGGCAAAAAGCAUCCUAAGGUAAAGGGGAUUCAAGUUUGUUCAAAUGAAGGGUCAUGCUUCCUCCAAAGGUGGGCAGAUAAGCAGGAUGCAGUUGGAAGAGAUGGAAAAAAACACUCCUUUGACCAUCCAUUCCUGCAGGCAGUUGGAAUGUUUCUUGGUGAAUUUUCCUGCCUCAUAGCAUUCCAGAUAAUAAAGCUGUAUCACCGGGUACGACAUCCAGACAGGGAACAAAACUUAGGAAACCAGAGCUUUAAUCCUCUCAUUUUCCUGCCUGCAGCUUUAUGUGACAUGUGUGGCACUUCCCUAAUGUAUAUUGGACUCAAUCUAACUUAUGCUUCAAGCUUCCAGAUGUUGAGAGGUGCAGUCAUCAUCUUCACAGCACUUCUCUCAGUGGCGUUCUUAGGUUCAACAGUUCGGAAGGUGAUGUGGGCAGGCAUUUUCACCAUUCUUUUGGGUUUGGCAUUGGUGGGAUUGUCAGAUAUUCUGUUUGGAGAUAAAUCAGCACAAACAGACACCAAUGGAAUCAUUGCAGGUGAUCUUUUGAUUAUUAUGGCCCAGAUCAUUGUUGCAGUGCAGAUGGUGUAUGAAGAAAAGUUUAUCACACGAUAUAGCAUUCCAGCCAUGCAGGCUGUAGGCUGGGAAGGAUUUUUUGGCGUCCUUGUUCUUGGACUUUUGAACAUAGCCUUCUUUUACAUUGAUGCUGGAGCCUUCAGCAAACUACCAAACCAGAAGUUAGAGGACCCUAUUGAUGCUUUUAUACAGAUCGGAAAUAGUUCCAUUAUUUUAUUAGCAACUGUUGGAAACAUUGUGAGUAUAGCUUUCUUCAACUUUGCUGGGAUAAGUGUUACAAAAGAAAUAAGUGCUACAACACGCAUGGUGCUGGACAGUGUUCGAACUCUCUUCAUAUGGCUGAUAACGCUCUUUGUGGGAUGGCAACAUUUCCAAGGGCUACAGUUGGUUGGAUUUUUCAUCUUACUGACUGGUAUGUGUCUGUACAACAACAUCAUCAUAGUUCCAGCCAUUAAAUAUUGCCUCGAGAGGCGCAGGGCAGUUAGGGUCAUGACGGAUAUUGGAGGAGAAAAUGACAGACUCAUCAAUGACACGUCAACACAAGGUGCAAAUAAUUUUAGUGAUCCAGCUUCUACUUAACAGACUGCUGUGUACCGUGAACCCUGACGGAUACUGGGAUACGUUUAUCAUCUGUCAUCAUUUUAAUGUAGUUCUGUGAUACUGUGAAUUUUGAUGUAAUUGUCUGAGCCCCAGUCACACCUCACCCGAUGAUGCUAAUGGAUAUCCAACAGAUAACAAAAUUUUCAAUCCGUUAGUCUCCAUUUUGCAUGCCUAUCUCACUCAGCAAAUACGUUUCUUAUGAUGAAGUCCAUUCUAUUGGUUGGAAAGUUCUGAAACGGACCCAUCAGACUAAGAGGUCUGCUAAGUGUAUGGUAACUAGCAAUGUGUUUUCAUAACUGACGUACAUAUACCAGGGCUAUCAAAAAUAUUCUUGGCAAUAUAAUUUGCAUGUAAAUGAUAAAUUAAUUUAGUAGUCAGAUAAAUUAUUUUUGAAGUAGGUAAAAACAAACAUGAAGUUUGAUUGGUUAUGUUGAAUUGCAUGUUGUUUAUUUUUCAUUGUAAACGCCAAAAUAUAAUGCAGUUGUAUAUAGGCCUAUAGCUAGUAAGAUGCAAUUGGUAAUUAAUAUUAACUUGUUGGUAUUAUAUAUUUAAUAUAUAUAAGUAAUUACUUGUCACAAUAUACAUUGUAACUUCAUGAUUUAUGCUUAUAAUCUUUGUUGACAAAUUUGCUUUUUUGCUUUUCUGUCCAUCUGUGUGUAAACUUUUCACAUUUUCAACUUCUUCUCCAGAACCAAUGGGCCAAUUUCAACCAAACUUGGCCAAAAGCAUCCUUGGGUGAAGGGCUUUCAAGUUUAUUCAAAUGAAGGACCAUUUUGUGUCAUUUGACUUAAAAUUUGCACUCAUUUAAUUAGCUUCAUUUUAUUUCAAACUGUCAUUAAUUCAUAAUUUUGUAAUGCUAUUCCUGCACUAAAUACAAUUCAGUGUUCUGAUUUGUUGAAAAUUGAUUUAUGUGCUUUCUGGUAGUUUAGGGAACAGUUUGUAUGAAAUAGGGCAAAACUAAAUUAUUUGGUGGAUAUUGUAUCCCAGAGAAUUGAGAGACCAUGCAAGAAAAGAAUUCAUCAGAGAAAAUGGAAAGGGAAAUGUAAAAAAAAAAAAAUGUUGAUACAAAUUUAAUGAGAAGAUUUUGUAAAUUCUAAAAUUUAAAUACAUGUAUGGGAUAGAUCUAGUCAAUAUUUAAGACUAGUGUUCCUCCAAGAUUCCAGCAAGUGUUGUUUUUUUGGUGAUAACUAAACUUUGGGAAGCGAGAUUGGGGAAAGAAAUGAAUGGUUUGGGGUAUUUUAUUUUCCACCAAAUCCAAUACAUCCAUCCUUAAUUGGCCAUAGAAUGUGUAUUAUAAUUGAAGAUUAAUUAAUCUAAUUUUUGUGUUAAUAAAUUGUUGAAAGAUUAUCUGUGCCUCUAUUUUGAUGUUAUGAUAUUGGGAUUGACAUACUGGAAGCUAGAGCUUGAUGGCACAGUACUUUUCAAGAACACAAAUUCUGUGUCCAUACUAUGAUGCAGGAUGCAUCUUGUACAUGACUGGUUUGCUUCUGUUGGUUCCAAGUCACAGCCAGACAACUAUAUAACAAGACACAGGUAACCAGAUUGCAUUCUAUCUCUAAUUUUUGCAUCUAUUGGAUGUCCGUUCAGUAAGGUGUGACUGAUCCAUAAAUGAUUCAUAUUGUAUUGUAUUUACAUUCACUAUGUGUAUUCUGAUUUAUUUCUGUUGAAAUCCAUUGCUUGUCAUUGCAACUAUGAAGACACAUUUUGUUUCAAUCUACUUAGAUCCAGUUUUUAGUGCCAUCAAUAUGCAGACUAUGCAACCUAUUUUGCAGCAUUGUUGAAAAAUAUGUUUUCGGAGUAAUAAAUAAUGCUUACCAUAGUUUAUUUUAUUUGAAUUCGGAGUAAGAAAUAAUGCUUACCAUAGUUUAUAUCAUGCGUUAAGAGUUUGUCCUUCUUGGACUGUUUCCCUAUACAUUGUUCAAAUAAUGGAAAUAAUUACCAAAUACGUAGACAGAUAUCAAAGUCAGGUGACUUUCAGCUGUUACGUUUAAGUAACUUAUAAUGGUCAAUAAUAUCUGUAUUUUAUGUACAUGUACUUGAAAGUAUUAAAAUUAAAAAAAAAAAUACAGAAAGAUAUAAAUGAUAAGUCUUUCUUUGGUUUGUUAAAUGGGAGAUGAAAAUCACAAACAGAAAAACUUUGCAUAACCUGCUAAUACGGAUUAUACUUUUUUUCUGCAAUGUUUACAACCUGUUUAACAAACCAAAAAAAGCAUUUUAAAUUAGUAUUUAAAUGUUAUUACCAUAAUUGCUGCAUGUAUAUUAAAGACAAUUGGGCACACUUUUCAGAUGAGAUUUAGAAUGUACAUAGAAAAUCUGUUAAAAAAAAAACCCAUUGUCAAAAAGUAUGUUUGCUUAUCCCAUAUGCUUCCAUUAUUUUAAUGAUCCCAUAGUGGAAUUAAAAUAGACAUUUAUUCCUUAAAUGAAAGAUGUUAAUUUUGUUUGUUUUUAUGGAUGUUUUACAUUCCUUUGAGAAUUUUUAGAUGUCACCAGCUUCACGUGAAGUGCUGCAAAGUUAGGUCUAUUUGUGGCACUAGGGGCCAAAACAGCAAGGGUUCUUUAUCAUACCAAUGCCUAUCACGACAUAGAACUCAUUUUUUUAAGGUUUCAUCUGCAACUCUCGCUUCUAUAUGUUGAGUGUUAGGUAAAAGAGCAGUCGCUACCAAGUUUUAGCUCAUCUGAGCCAAAGGUUCAAGUGAGCUUUUCUGAUCAAAUGUUUCUGUUGUCUGUUGUUGGCAUUGUCAUUGUAAACUUUUCACAUUUUAAUCUUCUUCAGAAAUGAACCCCAUCUCUAAGGAGAGAUAUAACUAAAAUACACUUACAAAUUUCAAAAAUCUUCUCCAGAACCAGCAGGCCAAUUUCAAUCAAACUUGGUACAAACAUCCUUGGGUAAAGGGGAUUCAAGUUUGUUCAAAUAAAGGGCCAUGUUUCCUUCAAAGGGGAGAUAAUCACAACAAAGCAAAGAUAAGGUGGCAUCAUUUAAAAAUCUUCUCAAGAACUGGGCCAGACAAGUUCAAAUUUAUAUGGCAGCUUCCUGACAUAGUGCAGAUUCAAGUUUGUUAAAUCAUGUCCCAGGGUGUGUGUGUCAGAACAUGUGAACACAUAGGGAAAAGUUUUAAAUAUGAGCCAAGGUGAGUGAUAUGGCCCAUUGGCCUCUUGUUACAUCUUGCGUUUGACAUGGCUAAGACACAAGCAGGGCUUCCUGGUCAUGAAGUGAACAUUCUGACCACUGAGCCUCCAUGACUGGUAUUUUAAAUGCGUAAUUGAAAUUUAUGUACAUUAAAUAUUUUGCAAUUAAGACGGAAAUAAUGUUGAGCACAAGGGAUGUGAUAUUUCUAUCAUGAUUUAAUACAAGUAGAAUAUGUAUAGUACUGUAUAUUGUUUCAUUCUACAUUUAGUUUUUGCAAUAUGUUGAUUCCUGUUGCAAAUCCUGGCCUGGAGGAUAUAAAACUUUUUGAGCACGUUUUCAUACUCAAACACCAUGCUCUAAAUUGUACUCGUACUCAAAAGUGAAGGUUUUAAAACUUUUAUAAAACCAUUCUCAUACUCAAAUGUCAAGGUUAUAAAACUUUUAUAAAACCAUUCUCAUACUCAAAGGAAGUACAUGCUCGAGAUUUUUCGAGUAUGUUUAGGGUUUGCUCAGAGUUAUACUCAAACAAACAUGGCUUAUGGUAGUUUGAGAAUGAGUAUGAUGACAAUUUUAUAGCCUACAGGCCUGAAUAUACUUUACCUUUUAGUAUGAGCUCACCUAUGUAUUGCUUUUGAUGAAAGUGUCUGUCAUUGUCACUCAGUUAAACAUUGUGGUCUUUUGUUUUUUAAAAUUUGGCUGAAGAGACUUAAUGGUUUUCUUUACAAAAUUUCUUAUGUGAUUGUUGUAUAUGUAGUCAUUUUUUAAAAAUAGAUUUUUAAGUCGCCCAAGUCACUCCGGUUACCUAUUGCAAUUGGUCAACUGUUGUGCGUUAACAAUUGCACGUUUUUAACUUCUUAACUAAGUGUGUUCAAAUUUGGUGUAAAGCCUCUUAAUGGGGGAACAGGAACCUAAAUUUCAUAACUGGCCAUAGGGGCAGGGCAAAAUUUGACCAAUUUUCAAAAAAUUCUCUUGUUCCACACAUUUUAAAGGAAAUCAGUCUUUAGGGUGGGUCAAAAUGUGUUCAUGUGAUGUGUAACUUAUUCUUCUAUGUAUCAUGGUAUAAAUUGCAUUAUGCAGCAAAGCAAGAUUGACACUUUUGCCAAAUUGAAAGACUCAGAAUACUUGGCUGUGGAUGCUAAAGUGACUAUUGCUGACCGAGUCUCUUGUGUUUGGUCGACUCAUUUGUUUUCAUUAUUUAGGGGGUGUUUUGUAUCAAUUAAUAUUUUGAUAUAGUAUUGAAACUGAUGUGUUCUGAUAGUUCUUAAGAGAGACAUAUGAGCAGACGAGUCUUAUGAUCAAAUUUGUUAUUUACAAUGUGAAAUUAAAUUUUAAGUUACAUUGUAUUUGUUAAUAAACUUUUAAUCUGUCACUAUAAAUCUUCUUCAUGCAUACAUGUACACUGUAACAUAAAAAUUUUGGAAUCAAG